AUGGAGGGACCGUGGCAGAGAGAAUUCCAGACUCUGCACCGUACCAACACGGAGAUCAUCAAGUCAACGCUCACUGAGCUGAACACCGAUACCAGACAACGUGCAGUACCCCUUCAAGGGGGAAUUAGUCUGGUACAAAGCAUAUUGAAAGAGAAGAACACUGUGCCGGGGUUUGCCCCGGACCGUUUCGAUGAAGGUAUCGAUCACAGGAUGGAACAGAUUGACCCCGAAGAUGAUGGUGAACAACGCCGUAGGAAAGGAGGCAUUUUUGUCAAUCUUCCACCCGAAAUCUUGGAUGAGAUUUUCAUCCACCUCCCAAACUUACUGAUGUAUGGAAUUUAG